GUGCGCCGGGGGCCGGCUGGGCGCGAGGGGAGGGAGGCCGGCGGGCCGGCGGGGGCCGACCCCGACCCCGACCCGACCCGACCCGACCCGAUCCACCCCGGAGCUCGGGCCUGGCCGGCUAGGUCUCGCCCCCAGCGCCCUGGCUGGGCUGCGUCGGCGAGAAUGUCCACUCUUUCCAUUCUUAUCCUUUCUUUCCUGUGAUGGCACGUGUCCACGGCAGGGCUUCCGUAAUCAUCAAAAAAUACGAAGAGUUAACACUAACCAGCCUUUGUUUUAAGUGCUUUACAUACAUUGUACUAUUUUAGCCUUCUCAUCAACCUUAUGAGAGGCCAAAAGAAUACAGCUCAAGGUGACAUUAUGAAGCAAAUCUAUUUGGCAUCUGUGAGGCAUUGGAAGUUGCAACUCUUGUGGAAGGAUCUAAUACCAUGAUCAGAAGAACUGUGGAUACGUCUUUUCACUGUGAGGUUGUGGUAUACGCUUGACAAGUUUUGAAAAGAGAUUUUUAUACCGACUCUACCGACUAAUAUUUCGUUUGUGAAGCCAGGAGGCUCCAUAAAGGUUAAAAAUAAUUCAACCAUAUUGUGUUGAACUUGACUUAAGUGUCAUGAACAGUGUCUGGAGUGCAGAAGAACCAGUUCUCUCUUGUUGCGAUGGGUUUAGUCUGUUUACUUUCCUGGUGCCCUGUCGCUGAAACUGGGGCUGGGAGGCCUGGUGAGGAAUGUUUCUUCCGGAGUUCCGACAGGCUCAGCUAUUUGUCACAGCCUCCGAAGCUGCUUCGCUACAGAUGAGGAAAAUGAGGCUCAGAGAGGUUGAACCACUUCCCUCAGGACACGCAGUGAAGUAUGAAGCAAAGAUUUGAACCGGAGCAGUCUGACUCCAGAUCCUGUGCUCAUAAUCAUGGAAAGUGUUGCCUCCAAAUGUAAUUAUGGUUUAAUGAAGACCGACAACAUUUCAGUCAUUGUAUGAAGAACUUGGAUUCGGUGAUGCCUUUAAUGGUCCUUCUUUGCAGAUUCAGGACAACACUGGCCAGUCCUAGACCUUUCCUUUGCCCUUGAAUGGACUUGUAGACCCAGCACUGUGGCUAAGGGGCCUAAUGAACAUUUCCAUUCAUCCAUGUUCCUGGCCAUACUCCACAUCUGCUUGUUCCCUACAGCUGACCAUAAUUGCCUUUGAUGAGUUAAGGACGGAUUUUAAGAACCCCAUUGACCAGUGCAACCCUGUUCAUGCGAGGGAACGGCUGAGGAACAUCGAGCGCAUCUGCUUCCUUCUACGAAAGCUGGUGCUGCCAGAAUAUUCCAUCCACAGCCUCUUCUGCAUCAUGUUCCUGUGUGCUCAGGAGUGGCUCACCCUGGGGCUGAAUGUCCCUCUACUUUUCUAUCACUUCUGGAGGUACUUCCACUGUCCGGCAGAUAGCUCCGAAUUAGCCUACGACCCGCCGGUGGUCAUGAACGCAGACACCUUGAGUUACUGUCAGAAGGAGGCCUGGUGUAAGCUGGCCUUCUAUCUCCUCUCCUUCUUCUACUACCUUUACUGCAUGAUCUACACUUUAGUGAGCUCUUAACUCAAAGACCACGCACAUCCUCAGAGACUGGGAUGGGAGAGGCCCGAGGCUGCGCAGUCCACUUCUGCUGGUGAUGGGAGAAGGGACCGGUGUGGGGAUGUGACAGACAGAGACGGGCAGACACUCUGAAUCGGGAGCCGGAAGCAUGCAGCAGCCAGCGGCCGAAUGCGCACGUGUUGUCACCCUGUGUAUCAGUCCUUGGCGUUCACACCCCACACUCGGGCUGUAGAUCCCUUCUGAGCAGCGGGGGCACGAGGGGUGAUGAAACACGAAACCUCUUCUGAGCGAGAAUUGCUGCUUCCUGAAUCCACUUUAUUGAAUGGCUCCCUGAAGUUCACACUGCGUUCCUGGGCCGCGGGCGUGGAGGCUGGAUGGCUGGCAGGUGCCUGCUAAGGAACGGCGUGACCCAGGGUCAAGGCUGUAUCUGUGGGACUGAUUGAAGUCCUCAAGGACGUCACUGGGCUACCUGAGACUCUCGUGUUUCUUCCAAGCCCUGGCCACACCCUUCACUUCAAUGGGAGGGGCCUGGAAGGUGUGCAGAUUUGCCUUGGGCUAUAACCAGCCCUGAGCCUGCAGGGCUGUCUAUUUUCCUGCUCUGCUUUGUAAGAGCCCAGCUUAGGAUGUUUGUUAGCGACAUCACAAGCUGAGUUUGGGACAGUAUGUUGGUAAAGAGUUAUGGCCAAAGUCAGGGCUGGGAGGUGGUGAGAUGGGAAGGGGGGAAUCAUAGGAAAAAAUGAUUUUUUAAAACACUGAUGACAUGUUCAAGGUGUUAAUUCUUCACCACCACAAACUGUAUUCUUCUGUUGUCAUCUCAAACUAUCACAGAGUCGCUGAAUGCUAAUCAAUUGGUCAACACUAGUCAAAGCUACUGACUUUUAAGGCUCCCAAAACAAUUCUGAGGCCAGAAAAAACUGGAGUGGCAGCUCUGUACCGUGGGCAUCCGGCAGCCGAGAAGUAAGACAACAUAAUUAUAGCUUCAUUUAUGAUGCUGCAUCAUUCGUGCUGUUCGGUUCAACACAAGGACAUCAGCUCAUUUAGAAUUUUCCAUUCGACGUUCUCUCCUUUUUGGGUAGGAGUUGUACUCGGGGGUUGUAAAUAAUGACAAGGCUGAGAUUUUUAUUAUGUUUAAAUUGGGCACCAUGAUUUUGACCUUAUUCCCCAAACUUCCCUUCUUUUCUUCUGUUUGACAUACACAGGCUAUUUAUACAUAUACCAGCUUCCACCUGAAGUCCGUGACUCAGGUUUAUGAAUGGUGUUUGUGUAACACGUGUGCUGUGUUUAAAACGCAGCGACCACUUGAGUGUCUCGCCUAGCUGGCUGUCUCAUUUAAACGCAUUACAGGCUGGCUUCAUCUCCAUAUGGAUGGUAAACUGGUAGGAGGACAAAGAGAAGUUUCAAAAAAGCAUUUUCCUUCUAAAACUUCUACCGAAAACAAAAUGUAGAACUUCUGCUCUGAGGUUGAAGGUAUGGAACCGGAGGAUUCAAGGCAAUAUUUUUGGGGAGCAGGCUUCCCCUUGGCCAAUACCCAUCGUCCUGUCCGGGCAAUUGUGGUUACGGUGGAGAGUUUCCUUUAGGGCUGGUUGCCUUCAUCUCUGACUCCAUUCCUGAGACAACCAGCCACCUUCAUGCAGAAAAAUCAGCCCUGGGUUCCAGGCUGCAGGCAGCAAAUCUAACCCCACCGCCAUCUUGCAAAUGCAACUGAAGUCAGAGGGUAAAUGGUCCAUGUUACUUCUCACCACGGAGCUGUUGUUUGUUUUUUAUACUUUGCCUCCUUCCAAAAAGAUUUGAAGUGGCUUAUAAUAGCAGGCACAAGUAUGCAAAGACUGUUAAAAUGGAAAUAGGAAAUCCAAACUUAAAAAGGAGGAGGACACAGAGAUACUGACGUCCUGAGGUACUCUAUUUACUGGGACUGAGCCUAAAUUUGAUAUCAUUUCUCUUAACAGUAAAUAAUAGCAAUUCACAUUUACACAGCGCUUUUCAGAUUGCUUUUGCAUCUCAUUUGACUUUCCUCACCAUCCUGUGAAGUUGAUACUAUUCUUUUUCUCAUUUUCUAAGUGAGGAAGCUGAGUUUCAGAGAGGGUAAGUGAGUUACCUAUAGUCACACAGCAGUCCCAGACCUGCCUUUGAGCCCAGAUUGUCUGACCUUAAAAACCCCAUGUUCUUCCGUUUUAAACAGAGCACACGUGUUACACAAACACCAUUCAUAGACCUGAGUCACAGACUUCAGAUGGAAGCUGGUACACUGAAGAGCUGACAAAGUAGCUUAGGGUUCUGUUAAGGUUUGAUUAACAUUAACUUUUUGAGAGAAAGAGAGUAUUUUAAAAAGAGAGUUAUAGGGAAAGUAUAUCUUCCUUCAUGUGCUAGCCUCAGUCUUGCUUUAUUGUGGGAGGUUCUUCUCUAAGGCAGUCCUCUAGAAGCUUUAAAGGCGUCAAGUGUCUCUUGGGCAGUUAUGUUUAUGACAGAGAAACAUCCAAAUAUUUCUCUCCCACGAGUUGUGACUGGGAAAUAAUUCCAGUGGUUGUUGGGAGUUUGAGCCAAUUUUCAAUUGCUAGGAGAAGCUAAUCAUGACGAUGAGAAUCAGAGUAAUACGCACAGUUGGUGGAGCCGUGUUGUGUACCAGGAUUUAUGCCAGGACCUCUUCCAACUCUCACAGUGAUCCUACAAGGCAGGUUGCAUAUUCUCACCCCCAGUUUACAGGUCAGGAAAACAGGGAGGCUCAGGACGGAUGAGUCUUCCCUGGGUGAAUCAGCCAGACCAGAGCUCGAGGCUACAAAUAAAUGGCCAAAUAAUAAGAAUAGCUAAAAUUCAGGUGUUGGGCAUUAUUCUAUAUGUUUUGUGUGCUUUUGUCUGAUCCUCAUAACAAUACCAUGACGUCGAUAUUAUCUCUGCUUUAUAGAUGAAGAAAGUCCCAGAAGAUGAGUUACUUGCAGAGACCCAGAGCUAGUAAGGGGUGCGUAUAGAGCUACAGCUACAGCCUGGGAAUUUAACCCCAGGUCUGCCUCUUCACACAUAAUUUUUCCUUCUUGGAUAUCUUUGUUGCUCAUUGUUUGUCCCACAGAAAUGACCAAAGGGAGGAAGGGGAGUGAAGCAGGAGAAACAGCACACUGGAUAAAUCACAAAGUGAAUAUUACCCUUGGGUGAUGGAGAGCUCGUCCUACCAAGCAUGUAUGUGGGCAUCAAGGAGAGGGGGGGCACACAUAUUAUGUGAGGGUGGCAUUGGUGGGCUGGUUCCCAUUGUCUUAGGGAGGCAGAGCGGAUAGGCUUGGCAUGGCUGUGCCCGAAGGGUCAGAGUGGAAUCGGGGGGGGGGCACUAAAUUUACUUUUCACUUCAUUAAUGAAGUGAACGAUGGCACCCACUGCUCUGACUUGCUAUAAAGAUUAAAUGAGUUCACAUUUGCAGAGAACUUAGGAGAGCGCCCUCACAUGGUAAGCACUAACUCUUUGUAGGAGGUGACUCUUCCUCGCCAUCCUUCUUCUGCCCGGUGCCCACCCAGGGCAAGGUCCUCUGUUGGGAGGGAAGUCACCUGGCCAUGUGGGAAGGUAGUGAAGACCCUGGACCCUGCUACCCUCCUGAUGUUUUCAUCUGUAGUGUCCUGAGUGGAGGUCAUGCUGGGACAUGGCACCUCUUUUCAAUGCCAUGUUCUCUGGCCAAUCAUGAUAACAACUGCUGUUGAGUACUUGCCCUAUGCCAGUUGCUGUGCAAAGCACUUGACGUGCAAGGUCUCAUUUAAUCUCCACAGCAAUGCUAUGAGGUAGGCACUCUUCCUGUCUCCAAUGUAUAGUUGAAAAACUAAAGCUUAUAGAAGUUAAACAAAUGAGCAAAUGUCACAAUUCCUCGGAAGUCAUGGAGCCGAGACUCCAGCCGAAGUCUAGCCCUGACUAUUUGUUCAUUCCUGUAAGGGAGGGCAAUGGGAUGUGAGAAAGAGUAGAAAAGGGGACGGAGAAGGGAGAACAGGAGAGGCACUGCCGGGAAGUGUGGGUUUGCUCACCUCACAGGUUUCACAGCAAGCAAGUCCCCGUAAAUGACUUUGUAAUCAGAAGCAUUUGCGCUAUGGGAUCUUGUACAAGCUUCUUAAACUUUCUGAGACUCAGCUUUCCCAUCUGUAAAAUGGGAGGUAAUAAUACCUCCGUUUGAGUGAGGCUGUGAUAAAGUGAUUAUGUACAUAGAGUUUGUACAGAGAGCCGGUCUCGUACUGGGUGCUCAGCAGAUCUUGGGCCUUAGAGCUCUGCUCCACUCCCCCUCCCUUCACAGACUUGAAGGGAGGAUUAUGUCGCAUAAAACGGUAAAACGCUUCUCAUAGUAGCACAUGGCAAGAUUCAAUGAAUCUUAGCUUCCUUCCUCCCCUCCCUCCAUCCUGGGGGCGGACACGGGUAACAGAGCUCAGCCCUCUCAAGCAAAUCUCCCCUCUGCUUCCUAUUUUUAGGCUUGGUAAUUGCACCAAUGUUGAAUAAAAUUGUCACGGUUAUGACAGUUUUGUUCUCCUACGUAAGAGAGAAUGCAGCCAGCAAAAUGCUUUGACAACAAUUAAUUGCACUCACGCUGUGUCAUUGCACAGAUCCGUUUCAUAACCUUCUCUUUUCUUGGACUUGGGCUGCUCUAUUCCAAACCGUGCUCUGGUAAAUGAAGUUUAGAUCUCAAAGCUGCCUCUGCUGCCGAGCCUUAGGCAGAAGGCUGUCAUCACUGUAGGUGUUUGAGGAGGCAUCUUGGAACGUGCCCCGUGACUUGCCUCAUCCAGGCAGAGGGAAGCGUGAGCCGAGCGGAGAAGUGAUUCUUCAGGACACAGCCAGGCGUUUCUAGGGAAAGAUGGGAAAGGUUUUUGCUUCAUCCUGCCCACAUUUUCUUCCUCCUCAGCUAGUAGUGUGCUCAAGCUGGCUCAUACAGGCUUAAGAGAGCCAAUCAUUAAAUUUUGCUAAAUGGGAUUUUUGCAAAAUGGUUGUUAAACACAGCUAUUAUUAAAACCGGUUAUGUAAGCUUACAAUUAUAUUAAUUAAAUUAAACAAAGAUAAAUGUA